GUGGAGCUCUCAGUCAGUGUAAUGUCGCUGUUGUGCCGCGCGAGUGCGCCAAGUGGGAAAUACACGGAAUAUUUGUAGUUUAACUGUGCCUUCGACGGUUGUAGAAACCCUGUCCGUCUAAUGCUCGCUCUCCUCUGCGGAUUUCUUUAAAACAAAAACACUUCAACGCCAGCCAUUUCUCCAACUUUGCUACUUCAACAACAAAAACACUGACAGCCCAGCCCACUCACACACAGCCAUCGGUGGCCAUCUGAAAAGGAAUAUUUGCUGAACGGAGCCCAGGAAAGGUCAGCUCGGACCGCGAUUGCAUUGCCGCAAGAUCCGCAGGACUCACUAGAAGGACCUCACUAGGUGCCACGCCCGUGAAGAGACUUAAAGCUUAAAGAUGGCGGCCUUCAUAGCCAAGCAAAUGGUUGGAAACCAAUUAAGCGCCGUUAAAGGCGCCGUAGGAGGUGAUGGCGGUGACGAUGGCGACGACAAGGAAAAGGCAGAGGAGGAGGAGAGGGAGCGCCAGGAAGCUAUCCGCGAGGCCGAGGAGCGGCGCAAGGAGAAGCACCGGAAGAUGGAGGAGGAACGCGAAAAGAUGAGGCAAGACAUUCGCGACAAGUACAACAUCAAGAAGAAGGAGGAAAUCGUCGAGGCUGCUCCCCAGGAGGAGCCCAAUCCCCUGAUGAGGAAAAAGAAGACGCCCGAGGAGCUCGCCGCCGAAGCGGAGCAGGAGGAGCUCGACGAUUUUACAAACAUGUAUUCUCGGUGUUUUACAAAUGAUAUAUCAUCAAUAACAACAACAACAACAUCAAGUACAAGCAGAACAACAGCACAAGUAAACGCCUACAGCCAGUACAAGAACAACAUCAACAACAUCCAGUACAUCCAAUCUACAGAAGUGACUAGCUAUGUAAUAUACGAUAUGAACUAUACUAUCAAAGUACUAUAGAAGCCAAGCAAAUAGUGAAAUGAUCAAAAACGGCAUCAAACAAAAUAUAUAUAUAGAUCGUCUCUAUUUGAGAAUGACUACUUCAUACUUCUGAACGUUGUGAAUUCGUUUUUUAUGGCUAUAAUAACCACUCAUAAGUUUACAGACAUCCACCCACACUAAACACGAGCAUUCAAAUAGAUGUAUGGUGUUGUAAAUGGUUAAAUACAUAAAUUUACAGAUCCAAGUAAUACCAUAGAAAUGUAUCUACAAUUUGCAUUAAUAGUCGACACACCAAACGAAAUAGCAACCAUGUCAGAUGCAACAUUCGUGUACAUUGUACAUCAAGGAUGACGAGGAUGAUGUUUAACACCCAUCUCUAACUAUCCUUUCGAGCCGUGCUCUCACUUACUUUCCUGUCUAACUUUAAGCGGGAUUCUAUGUUUUUUUUUUCUUACUUCUUCACACAAAAAUUAUAUUGGUAAGACAGCAAUAAAGCCACAAGGCUCAACACCUCUCUCUGUCAAUCUACUGAAGCAAUCCUCUAGUGCCCCUCGCUCCAUACAAAGUUAGGAACGAUCGAACUAAUGAAUGAAUGCCUUAACGUGGCUGAAACGACUAGACCAUGAGUAGAGAUUAGUUGAUGAUAAACCAGGAUGACCAUGUGGUUCUACCACGGGGAAAGGAGCCUACUACCCCCUAACUAAUACUAGCUUUCUUGUUCCCAUCGCACUCCUGUUACUGAACCGAUACA